UUUCCUAAAACAACACAAAAAAUAACCAUAGCGAUAGCAAGGUAGUUAUUGAGUUUGCCACCAAAUCUGAAACAAACCAGAAAACGCGAUCUUUGUGUCUCAACUGGCACCGACCGCCGAUAAUGGCGGUCAUGCCACUCCCUCCGCCAUUUCCGGCCACCUCAACCAAACUCCUCAAACUACCUACCCUCUCUCAUUCUUCCCUUUUCCGUUCCAAUUUCAUCACAAAGUGUGAAAUCAGAAGCUUCGAGAAUCAUCGUAAUUGGACAAUUGAACAUUUCUCAAACAUGAACAACAACAACAACAACAACAACAACAACAAUUCUUCUUUUUCUUCUUCAUUGGUUUCCGCUUCUUCUGCUUCUCAACAUGCCAUGAAGAAUUCUAAGAAAGUUGUUCUCUUUUACUCUGCUGAAACCAAAUCUCUUGCCUACAACAUUGCCUCUGAAUCUGAUGCCAUUGAACUUCGUUCCAUCUCUUGGGGAAAGUUUCCUGAUGGCUUCCCCAACAUUUUCAUUCCAAACGCUCAAGGCAUUCGUGGACAACAUGUGGCUUUUCUGGCCUCAUUCAGUUCUCCAGCAGUGAUUUUUGAGCAGAUUCCUGUCAUUUAUGCCCUGCCAAAACUGUUUGUUGCGUCAUUUACUCUUGUGCUUCCGUUUUUCCCAACCGGAACUUCUGAGAGAAUGGAGGAUGAAGGGGAUAUCGCCACUGCUUUUACUUUGGCCAGGCUGUUGUCAAACAUACCAAUUUCAAGAGGAGGACCAACAAGUUUGGUUACAUUCGACAUUCAUGCCUUGCAGGAGAGGUUCUACUUUGGUGAUAACAUUUUACCAUGUUUUGAGAGUGGCAUACCAUUGCUUAAAAGAAGACUCCAAGAUCUGCCUGAUUCUGAUAAUAUAUCAAUUGCUUUUCCUGAUGAUGGUGCUUGGAAACGAUUUCAUAAGCAACUGCAGCAUUUUCCUACGGUAGUUUGUGCAAAAGUUCGGGAAGGAGAUAAAAGAAUAGUUCGAAUUAAGGAGGGAGAACCUAAAGGUCGCCAUAUUGUGAUUGUUGAUGAUUUGGUCCAGUCAGGUGGAACCCUGAUAGAAUGCCAGAAAGUCUUGGCAGCUCAUGGAGCAUCAAAGAUUAGUGCUUACGUGACCCAUGGCAUUUUUCCAAAUAAGUCAUGGGAACGAUUUGGGCAUGAUAAUGGGGGGAAUCCAGAGACUGCGUUCUCAUACUUCUGGAUAACAGACUCAUGCCCCUUAACAGUGAAGGAGGUGAUGCAUAAGCCACCAUUUGAGGUUCUCAGCCUAGCAAGCUCCAUAUCUGCCAGUCUUCAAAUCUGAUAAGAAUGUAAUAUUAUAAUUUCAUCUUAUCCUCAAUAUAAAAUAAACACAAGAAGAGGCCUGGUUAUCUAUAAUCUAUCUAUAACAUAUAUAAAGGCAAAACGCCUUUUUGGUGUAACCUAAUUUCUAUUUAAUGUUAAUUUCCCAUUUUACCCUUCUAUCCA